AUGUUUAUUCGAUAUGUUUAUUAUACAUUAAUUUUAACUUUUAUCAAACAAAUCUUUUCCUGUCCUAUACCAUUUAAUAUUCAAUCAAAAUGUCGCUGUGCUAUUACUGAAACAGGCCGUGUUUAUAUUUAUUGUGCCAGAAAACAAUUAACAGUAGUACCUAAUUUUGAUAACAGCAAUAUCAUUUUUGAUGAACUUGUUUUAUCCGGUAAUCGAAUAUCUAUUGUACAAAAAAAUGCAUUUAGUGGUUUAAAAUUACGUAAACUUGAAUUACAAUCGAACCCAUUAGAAACAAUUGAGAACAACGCAUUUAUUGAUUUAGCUAAUUAUUUAGAAGAGUUUAUUCUAUCAACAACUGUUAUUACAUCACAAUUAACAACUCGUACAUUUCUACAAAUACUUUCUGAACUACCCAAUCUAAAACGUUUAUCAUUACGUUUAUUCAAUUUAUCGAAUUCAUUAAACAUUGCAAACAAUACAAAUUUAAUAUUAAGAAAAUUAACUCAACUCUCUUUGCAAUCAUGUUUACUUACGGAAAUUAACGAUAUAGAAAUAUUUGCUAAUUUAUUUCCAAAUUUAGAACGAUUAGAUUUAUCCGAAAAUCGUUUAGAAUAUUUCAAUAUUCCAUUGAUAUCAUCGUUGAAAAAAUUAAAAGUUUUUAUAUUAAGCAAAAAUAAAAUUCGUCAUUUAAAUAUUCAUCCAUCAUUAUCAACAAUGACUCUUAAUCCAUCAAAUUCAUUAAUUGAACUUGAUCUAUCAUAUAAUGGUAUUGAAACAAUCAAUGAAAAUAUAUUUGAACUAGUCUCAUCUCAACUUGAAAUAUUAAAUUUACGAAACAAUGAACUAUUAACGGAAAAACAGCUAACAUUUUUAAUUCAUUUAAAACGCUUACGUGAAUUUUAUUUGGAUUAUAACCGGUUGGAAUCAAUAAAUCAAGUAAAUUUUCCAGCAAGUCUAAAAAUAUUAUCAUUGAAAAAUAAUCAUUUAAAUCAAAUUGAUUUUUCAAUCUUAAUGCAUCUUGAGUAUUUGGAAAAAUUAUUUUUAUCAUCCAAUAAAUUAACAAAAUUAUCCUUGAAAAUAAAAAAUCUUUUUCCAUCAUUAGAAAUUUUCGAACUUGAUCGCAAUCAUUUAUCUUUUAUUUCGUCUAUAAAUGCACCAAAAUUAAAACAAUUAAAUUUAGAUGGAAAUUAUUUAGGAGGAAAAAUUGACAAAAAAAUCUUUUCAAAUUUACCAUCACUUGAAAAAGUUCAUUUACGUGAUAAUCAAAUUGAAUCUAUCGAUAAUAAUUCAUUUCAUAAUUCACGUUUACAGCUAUUAGAUUUAAGAAACAAUAGUUUAAAAACAUUUCCUCUACUAACAAAAAUCAAUGAAACCUUACAAACUCUAUUUCUUCGACGUAAUCUAAUAUGUACAAUAGAUCAAUACUUUUUAAAUUUCUAUCAAAAUCUUCAAACGCUCGAACUUGAUCAAAAUCCGUUACAUUGUGAUUGUCGAAUGAAAAAAGACUUUAAACAAAUGAAAGUAACUGGCCAAUGCCAAUCACCACCAGAGCGGCAAAAUGUUAAUUUAAAUGAAUUACCAAAUGAACAGUUUACCUGUAGUAUGUUGACGACACCCCAGUGUUCAUAUCUCACAAAAGCAACACUUGAUAAUGAAAAAGAUAUAACAACUAAAAUAAUAACAACGACCAAAACGACAACAAGAACAGCUACGAUGGCAACUACAAUAAAAACUACUGCAAUGAAUAUAGUUGAAAAUUUUGUCAACAAUAUCGAUGAACGACAAAACUCUUUCACAACUACGUCAAUUGACAAUAUGUCAUUCGAAUCUAUUCGAAUAGCAGACUUAAUGAUAACGCCAAAUAUAGAUAAAAAUCAAUUAUUAAUUCAAUGGCAAAUAAUUCCAUCGAUAAUCGAUGAAAAUUUUAAUGACGACUAUCGUCGAACAUAUUUAAAACAUCAUGAUAUAAGUGGUUUUAAAAUAAGUUCAAAUUCUCCGAUAUAUAAAAUGAGCGAAUUACUUGAUAUUUUGCAACGAAAUUAUACAUUGGAGUAUAUACAACAUGGUGAAAUAUGUCUUUAUCUUCUUCGUAAAAUGAAUUAUGAAAAAGUUUGUAAACAAUUACAAUUUACAUCUACACAAACAUUGAAAUCGUCAUUUAUUAUCGAUCCAAAUGAAAAACAACAGCACCAAUUUUGGUAUACAAAUGAACCAACAAAAAGUAUUCUUAUUGGAUCAUUGUUUGGUAUUCUCUUUGUACUUAUUCUUCUGAUAUUUAUUAUUUUAAUAAUGUCUCGUUGUCCACAUUUACUAUUUUGCCAUUUACGUUCAUCAAGAUAUCAUCAGAAUAAUGAUUCAAAAAGCGAAUCACUUCUUGUUCGUCCUACACCUACAAAUACAAUUCCAUGGCCAAUGCAAUCGCAACAACAUUUCUAUCUUCAUCAAAAUCAUCAUCAUCAAUUAAGGCCUGCUAGUUAUCAAGCAAGUGUAUCUACUCAAUCACAGUGUACAUGCCCAACACAUUAUCAUAGUAGUGGUUCAUCGUCGACCGGUGCUAGUUCAACGUGUGCUCAUGGACAAAACUAUCAUAUUUAUCAAGAAAUAAUAAACGAUGAUUUGAAUGCAACAAAUACAUCGAAUAACUAUCGAACAUGCCGUUCUAUAAAAAUAAAUUCGAAUUCACCGUUAACAUCACUAUCAACAAAUACACAAAUGAACUCUGAACAGUGUCAACUAUGUUCACUUAGUGUACUUGUGUGA